CAAAUUAAAAAAUAAAAUAAAAAAUGACGCUGACGCAGGUGGAACAAACAGAAAAACAAAUAAUCGAAAAACACACUUUUUUUACGUUUUCUUUACCAGAACCGUAAAGCAUAUUCUUUCCUUUAAGAGUCCUUUUCCAUAUCAUAAACCCUAAUGCACUUUCAAUCGCAAUCCCAGAAUCUUUUUUCUUCAUCUCUCUCUUCGUUUUCCUUUUUUUUUUUUCAGGUUGGUUCUUCCACCUUUUUGUUACAAUUUAUGUCAGGGUGAAAUUCAUUAAUGUGAUUUCUGUCUACAUUCGGGGGGCUAUAAGGCCCCUUGUAGGAACUGAUUACUAAAAAUGCGGAACAAUUUCAUCGAUGGUGAUUGGGGUUCAUCAGAAAUGUUCCCCAUCGAUCCCCUCAUGCCAUAUGGAUUCCUCUCCCAUAUAUCAUUCAUUGUUGAUGGUUCUAGAAAUUUGUAUGUGCCUGGCAGUCAGGCACUUCAAGAAGCUUUUAAGUGCUUUUCAAAAUAUGCUGGCGCACUGUUAGUCUGGUUUGCCACUGGAUCAAACAAUAGAGGUAAUAACCAAAUAUCUGGCAGUCAUCAAGGUUCAAGAUACACCAGGUCUAGAAUGUCAAUUCAAACACAACGAACAACUUCAACUAGACAUAAUUUCAUGGAACUCUUCUGGCAAUCAAGAUGCAUAGGGAAAUUUACAAUCCCUGUGAUAUUUAGGAAGAUUUCAAAGUUCACUAUGAAUCAAAUGUACAAAGAAGCAAAACAUCUUCAAUCAAUUCCUGUUCUCUCACUAGCUGCUGCUUUAGUACCUCCAUUUGACAAUUUCUCUGGUGAAGUUCUAUCUGUUCAACUGGAUAGCAGUGCUAUGGAAUCACUGAGUGGUGAGGAUCAACGACCCUGUGAGGUUGAUCAUCGGGGAUGUGAUAAUUCAUUUUUCCAGAAUUUAAAUUGGUCUAGACAUGCAGUUGAGCCCAGAACGGGUAUUGAGUUUCCUACUAUCUUGGACAACCUAAUAGCUGGGGAGCGAAAUUCCAGUUUCACAUCAGAGGUACUUGUUGGUACUGGAUCCAGAAUAAUGAAAAUUAUCAGAAUUAAAUCACUAAAGGUUUAUGCAUUUGGCUUCUAUGUACAUCCUUUUGAUGUCUGCCGGAAGUUGGGUUGGAAAUAUGCCUCAGUUCCUUUUUGUGAACUGAACAAACAACAAGAUUUUUAUCAGGAUCUUCUCAGGGAAGACAUUAGCAUGACCGUAAGGCUUGUUGUUAGCUGCAAUGGAAUCAAAAUCAACACAGUCCGAGAUGUCUUUGAGAAAUCUCUUCGAGCUCGGUUGUUGAAGGCAAAUCCCAACACCGAUUAUCACUGUCUAGAAACAUUUGGUUCUAUGUUCUCUCAAGAUAUUCCUCUACAUGCAGGUACAACAAUUAAUUUUCGACGAACAACUGACGGACAUCUAAUUACUGAGAUCGGAGGCAACCAUAUUGGAGCAGUUCAGAGUAGAGAAUUGUGUAGGGCAAUAUUUGAUAUGUACAUUGGCGAUGUUCCUAUAUGUGAGGAAACAAAAGAAGAGAUCGGAAAAAAUGUUGCAAGUAUCAUUAGGGGAUGUUAAAAGAUGGGGUUUUAUUUUUCUGCUCCCAGAAUAGCUUAUUUGCUGGUUAUGGUUCAGGGUUCUUGUGGAACUUGACUUCAUAGUGCAGUUCAUAGGUUUCACGAGGAUAAACAAUCGUUAGGCUUAUAUAUGUAGAAUCCAUUUAUUUUAGGCAGGGUUCUUAUAUUCAAAAUUGAUUAGAAUACAACAUUUCUUGUAACCUUGUUGGCGAACCGCCAUUACAGAGCUGCCUCUCUGCCAACUGUUGUAAAUGAAGAGAGAGAAAGAGAGAACUUGAUCUGCAUUUUGGGCUUAAGCUUCUCUCCUAUUCUGUAUAAUAUUGGUUGAUCUUGUCAAGUAAUUUGUAGUAUUAUUUUG